UCUUUUCUGUUUUUAUAAAUUUGGUGUUGUUAUUUUUUUUGUUUUUUUCUGUUUUUCUUUUCAUUGUUUUGUUGGAAAUAUUCUUUCACUGGCAGAAACGUGUACACCAUCUUCAUCAAGAUGAUGAUGUUACUACGUGGUUUUAUGUUCUUCACUUUGAUACUGUUAAGCACCAGCUUUGUAAAAGGCACACAGAAAAAUGUACAAGCUGAGAAGGGUGCAUCAAUCUUAUUACCAUGUGAUAUUGAUUCGGCUAAAUGUGGUGAUUUACAUAGUAUAAAGUGGUAUCGGGGGUCAGCUCGUAUAUAUGUGUUCAGUCAUGUGGCAAAUAUUGCACGUCCUGAAGGCAGUAAUACAUCCAGAAUGGAAGUGCAGUACGUGCCUGGUAGUACAGAGUCACAUUUACAAAUUCGUGCUCUUGAAUUAACUGACGAGGCUGUGUAUAAAUGUGAAAUCACUUAUAUGGAAGUUCGUGAAAAUUGUGAUGUUGUACAAUUUGUUAAUUUAACUACACUUGUGAAACCUAGUGAAGUGCGAAUUAAAAAGGAUGGAAUUGAAUUGGAAGACGGAUCUCUGCUAGGGCCCUACAAUGAAUACACUCAGGUUACAUUGGAGUGUGAAGCAAUUGGUGGCAAACCAGUACCCCAGGUAUCAUGGUAUAAUGGCAGCCGCAAAAUGAAUGGUGAUUAUUCAACAGUCCCUGAUGGCAUUACUCAUGGGAUUGGUAACGGGCGUAGUGUUUUACGCACAACAUUACAACGUGGAGAUUUGUUAACUAAUUACGAAUGUCGAGUGGAAAAUGAUGCUCUCAGUUCACCCAUUGUUAAAAGGUUGACGGUCGACGUUCAUGUACGACCAACAGAUAUAAAAUUAACUGGCGUGGAAAAGCACGUAGUAAAGGGUACAAAUGUUUUAUUAGAAUGCAAUGUUCGGGGAGCACGACCUGCUGCUAAUGUUACAUGGUAUAAUGGUACAAAACCAAUGAAGGAGAUAAGCGAAAUAAAUACGAAGCAAACACAAAAUGGACCAAUUACUCGGAUUAUUGAAAAGGAUGAUGGAACGUACGAAACACAAAGUCGAUUAUUAUUUACAGCUAGCCGUUUUGAAAAUGGGAAAUCGAUUACAUGCAAAGCUGAUAAUUCAGUAAUGCGUGAAGAGAGGGAAACGCCGAUGGAUCGAACCAUUACCCUUGAAGUAUACUAUCCACCAAUCGUAAGUGUAGAACCAGAGAACAUCACAGUCAAUGAAUCAGUUGAUGUAUUGUUAAUGUGUCAGUACGAAGCAAAUCCUGCUUCACUCAAUGUCACACAAUGGUUGAAAGAUGGAAAAAAUCUGACAAUUAGUGACAAAGAGCAUUAUGAAGGAGGGGAUACCGAACAACCUGCCCUUCAUAUAAAGAAAGUAACUAGAGAAGACAUGGGAAGAUAUUCUUGUGUAUUAGGUAACAGUGUUGGCCAACAAGAAUCCGAAAACGAUAUUUUCUUAAACGUACAUUAUAAGCCAGUUGUAAGAUUAACAAUGGAUCCUCCUUCGCCAAUAAUACAAAAGGAUCAAAUAAACGUAACACUUCGUUGUAAUGUCGAAUCUGGUAAUCCGGAUACGCUGUUAGCUGUUCGAUGGUACAUGGAUGGUGAAAUGUUAAAGCAAUUACCAGAUUGCAAUAACACAUCUGCCGAAGAACCAUUUUGUGAUGUUGAUCCAAAUAUAAUGUUACUGACAAAUGUGGGUAAGGAGUUUGCUGGGAAUCAUACUUGUGAAGGAAUGAACGAAGCUGGUUGGGGACCACGCUCAAAUAACACCGAAUUGGUUGUAUAUUAUCCACCAACCAAUACUGAAUUAAUAUUCGAACCAUCACGUGUAAUCAAAAAAUCAUCGGUAACAUUAAAAUGUUCAGUUGGAGCACCAGGACAACCUGAAAUAACAAAAUAUCGUUGGAUGCGUGGUGAUCAUUUAGUACCAGACAUAACAACUGCUGAAUGGACAAUCAAUCCUGUCACCCUAGAGACACGUUCUGAUUUCACAUGUAUCCCUUAUAAUGAGGGGGGUGAUGCUGAACCAGCUAGUGUUUACAUUCAAGUUUAUGCUCCCCCAGCCAUAAUAUCAAAGCCACAUCCAUACCAUGGGGCAUUAUAUAAUGCCAAACAUAUUAAUAUUUCAUGUCGUAUCGAAUGUUAUCCACUUUGUGAUGUUGUAUGGUUGAAAAAUGAUCAACUACUUGACCUUGAUAAUACUGACCUCUACUAUGUGAUAAAAAAUAAUAUAUCGGAAAAUAUUCGAACGAAUGAUUUUGAAUCAAUACAUUCAAUAUUGGUUUGGAAUAUGACCGCAUGGCCUAAUGAACAAUUAGACCGACUUACCGAUAACGCCAACUAUACAUGUAAAAGUAAAUCGAAUGGUGUCGGAGAAGGUGUCAAUUUAACGAUCUACUUUGCCGUUGAAUAUCCUCCAGAACAAAUAACACUUUCGAAUACAGUUGUAAAUGUAAUUGAAAAUCAUAUACCUGAAAAGGUAUUAUGUUCAGCAAAAGCAUUACCUGAACCCACAUAUCAAUGGCGACGGGAAAGUACAAAUGAAGUUAUUAUCACAGGUAAUAAAUUGAUUAUUGAUCAGCCAGUGCCACGACAAGAUGCUGGAAAUUAUAUUUGUGAAGUUUAUAAUAGACAUGGUAGUACCGCUUCGCCAACUGUUUUAAAAGUUUUAUAUAAACCAGAAUGUCAAAUAUCACAAACAGUAAUUGAUGGAAACGAUGUGUUGGUGUGUUCGGUUAAAGCUGAACCUGAAGAGGUCGAUUUUCAAUGGAAAAUCAAUGGUGGUAACGAAACUGUGGACGAUGAAUUAGUGAAAAAUGAAAAAUUAAGAAGUAUACUAACCUUGGAUUCAAGUGUGGAAGAAAAACGUACAUACUUGUGCUAUGCAAAUAAUUCUGUUGGUACAAGUUUUGCAUGCGAACGUGAUGUGAAUGCAAACCAGGAGCAAAGUAGUGAAUUCAGUCAACCAGGUGCAAUACCAUUUUGGAAACGUAUGAGCAACGAUGAGUUAUUAAUUCUUGUUGCUGUGAUAUUAGCAGUAAUAUUAUGUGUGACAAUUAUAUGUGUUAUCAUUAUAAUUGUUUGUCGCCGUAAACGUGCCAAUGAUAAAUAUAAUAAUCCAGUGGAAUUGGAAGAAAGAGAAAAACCAGAAGGUCAUAAUAAUCCACCGCAAGAACCACAAUCAUCACCAUCAUCAGCAACACACAAAUGGCCUUUAAAACCAGGUGUAUUAGUUCAUGUAAAUCGUAUGCAUAGUUUAAGUAUGGGCAGAUUAACAAAUAUGUCGUUAGCAGCGGGGUUAAAUUUAACAAACAAUAAUAAUAAUAACAAUACAACACAGAGUUAUAGUACAGUACAGAAUAGUACAGUGACAAAAACAUCAUCUCCAUCUAGCUGCAGUUCACCAACAUCACGUUUAUAUCGUAAUCCAAACAAUCAAAGGCGUGCAAAAAGUUUGGGGAGUUUAGUACGCGAUGCUGAUUCAGGAUCAUCAUCGUCACAUCAUCAUCAAUCACGUGCAUUCAGACUUAAACAAAUCUUUACUAGAGGGUUUGGGGGUACGAUUGAUGAUACAUUUGCCGAUGGUGUUUUUCGAGGAAGUAGUGGAGUUGUCACAUUUAAAAAAUUACCAACACCAAGUCCAAAUGAAGGCACUAGUUCUGUAUCAAGAAAACGAAAGAAGCCGGGUCCAAGCCAAUCGAAUACAGCAGAUAAAAAUAAUUUAAAUAAAGAUAAUCCAUCGGAGACUCUCACAGAUCCUGAUAGAGGUUUCUAUGAGAAUCUUCCAUUCCACGGCAUGCAAAAUCCUCCAAAUAAGCCGUUUAAGCCAGAAUUUAGCGAUUUAGACUAUGCGGAUGUUGAUUACAGAUCAUACGGACCAAUUAAUUACAAAGCGGCUUCCAUUUAUGCUCAAAUUAAAAAAGUCAAAGAUAAUAAAAAAAUGGAAGAAGAUAAAGAAUACGAUGAUUUGUUAUAA